AUGGAGGAGAUCUCGGCGCCACCAGCGUAUACUACGGCCGAGCAGCUUGCGCAGUUGCAGACCAGUACACCUCAGUCGUUCGGAGACAUCGCCCCGCUGUUGCAUUUCCACCUAGCGAAGGCGACUGUGUUCGUCAGCCCGUCGCCUUCCUCACGGCCAUCCUGCUUCGAAGCGCUACAAGCCACAAAAGCCGUUCUAGGCGACAAGGAGGAUGACGAGGAGAACGCCGAGGUGCUUCAGGCCAGCGGACAGCUGUGGUUGACCGAAAAACACAUCUCCUUUCUCGCGCCCGAGGCUGAUACCGGGUUUCAGCUGGCCUACCCGAAUGUUGCGCUUCAUGCCGUGACCCGGAUGCCUCCUAGCUUUCUCGCAUCAUCAUCCACAGCUGCGCAGAAUGGCAUCUCAUCUUCAGCCUCUCUGUCGACUUCGGCGCAAGAUUUCCACGGCUGCAUCUACUGUCAACUCGACUUGAGUCCGAAUGCCGGCACCGGCGAGAUGGGCGUCGUUGACGAUGAUGAAGGAGAGUUCGUUGAGAUGUAUAUCUGCACCCCUGGCAGCGUCUCUCUCGAUCAAUUGUUCGAGUCGCUGUCUCACUGUGCAUCGCUGCACCCUACCGGACCGGUCGAGGACGACGGUGGUCACCCUUUCUCCGGCUUUGCGCCAUUCGGCACUAGCGCAAACGGUACUCAACUCGGCGACGGCAACGAAUACGACGAUGGAGAUGGCGACGACGAAGGCGCGUUCGAGGACGCGGACGGCCAAGCAGACGAUCAAGAGCUCAGCGAGACCGGAAGGGUGAGAGCCGACUUCCAGACCCCUGAUUCACGCUACCGCCCGUACUGA